UCUCUCUCUCUCUGGCUCUGAAAAGUUGGAUUAAGAAAUGCGGUUUGCCUUUGAUGAAGGGCAUCGCUUCCAAGGCAAAUCUGAUUUCGAAGAAGAUCUCCGUAUAAGACUCUGAGUUUUCGAUUUCUCUGCGCAAUGCUCGUGUGAUUUUGUUGUCGCAGAAUUGACUCUCAGAGGUAAUGGCAUCAAGACAAGGGUCGAGAUGGAAAAAAAAAUUGGGUUCCACUGGCUCAAAAGCUGCUAAUUCUCCAUCAUCUUCAACCACGUCUUCUUCCAAACUGUUUCUGGAAACCUCUAUUGAUUGUCAGAGCUCUCCUGCAUCAUCCUCAACUAGAAGUAAGCCGCAGUACUUUUACUCGGAAAGUGGGACGUUGGACACGGAGAGAUCGAAAGAAAAUGUCACGGUGACAGUCCGUUUUCGCCCACUCAGUCCGAGGGAAAUUCGCCAGGGAGAGGAGAUUGCAUGGUAUGCAGAUGGAGAAACUAUCGUGCGGAAUGAACAUAAUCCGUCAAUAGCAUAUGCAUAUGAUCGUGUGUUUGGCCCUACAACCACAACAAGACAUGUCUAUGAUGUUGCUGCUCAACAUGUCGUUAGUGGCGCUAUGGAAGGCAUCAAUGGUACAAUUUUUGCAUAUGGAGUGACAAGUAGUGGGAAGACGCACACUAUGCAUGGUGAUCAAAGAUCUCCUGGAAUAAUACCGUUGGCUGUCAAGGAUGCUUUUAGCAUCAUCCAAGAGACUCCAAAUCGGGAGUUUCUUCUUCGUGUCUCAUACUUGGAGAUCUAUAAUGAGGUUGUUAAUGACUUGUUGAAUCCAGCAGGACAAAAUUUACGAAUUAGAGAGGAUGCUCAGGGAACCUUUGUCGAGGGGGUAAAAGAAGAAGUUGUACUUUCCCCUGCUCAUGCCCUUUCACUUAUAGCAGCCGGAGAAGAGCACCGGCAUGUUGGAUCUACAAAUUUCAAUUUACUCAGCAGCAGGAGCCAUACAAUAUUUACACUGACGAUAGAGAGCAGUCCGUGUGGUGAAAAUAGUGAAGGGGAAGCUGUGAAUCUGUCACAAUUGAACCUCAUCGAUCUGGCAGGUUCUGAGAGCUCCAAAGCUGAAACUACUGGCGUAAGACGGAAAGAAGGAUCUUACAUCAAUAAAAGCCUGCUAACUCUUGGAACGGUUAUAUCAAAGUUAACAGAUGGGAGGGCCACUCAUAUACCAUACCGGGACUCUAAAUUGACCAGGCUCCUCCAGUCCUCAUUAAGUGGUCAUGGGCGUGUAUCUCUCAUUUGUACCGUUACUCCUUCAUCAAGCAAUUCAGAGGAGACUCACAAUACGUUGAAAUUUGCACACCGGGCAAAACACAUAGAGAUUCAAGCAGCACAGAACAAAAUUAUUGAUGAGAAAUCACUUAUUAAGAAAUAUCAAAACGAGAUUCGUUCUUUAAAAGAAGAAUUAGAUCAAUUGAAGCGGGGUAUUGUCACAGUUCCUCAGCUGAAAGAUAUUGGGGAUGAAGACAUCGUCGUCCUAAAACAAAAGCUAGAAGAUGGUCAGGUCAAGCUGCAAUCAAGAUUGGAACAAGAAGAAGAAGCUAAAGCUGCUUUAUUGGGGAGAAUUCAACGGUUGACAAAAUUGAUCUUGGUGUCCACAAAGGCAACACAAUCAUCCAGAAUUUCUCAACGACCUGGUCCUAGGAGACGACAUUCCUUUGGUGAAGAGGAGCUUGCAUACCUACCACACAAAAGGCGGGACUUGAUCGUAGAUGAUGAAAACAUUGAGUUGUAUGUACCUAUUGAGGGGAAUGCUGAAUCAACUGAUGACACACUAAAGGAGAAGAAGACGCGGAAGCAUGGACUAUUAAACUGGUUAAAGCUACGGAAACGAGAUAAUGGUAUGGGGACUUUAACAAGUACUAGUGAUAAAUCAAGUGGAGUGAAGUCUGUCAGUACACCAUCAACUCCUCAAGCAGAAAAUUUUCAUUCAGAACCCAGACAUUCCCAUUCAUUACCUAUGGAGAGCCUCAUGUCUGCAGACCAUUUAUCCGGUGCUAGAGAUGAUAGAGAAGAUCAGGAUAAUUUGUUCGACGAAGAGACUCCUCUGACAAGCAUAAAAUCCAUCGAUCAGAUAGAGCUUUUAAGGGAGCAGCAAAAGAUCUUGUCUGGAGAGGUGGCCCUCCACUCAAGUGCUUUGAAGCGGUUGUCUGAGGAGGCUGCAAGAAACCCCCAGAAGGAUCAUAUGAAUGAGGAGAUUAGGAAGCUAAAAGACGAAAUCAAGGCAAAGAACGAACAAAUAGCUUUGGUAGAAAAGCAAAUUGAGGAUUCCACGAUUCCUUCACACAAAAAAAUGGAUUCCUUGGACAUGUCACAAUCUAUUGCUGAACUGAAGGCACAGUUGAAUGAGAAUUCAUUUGAACUUGAGGUUAAAACUGCUGAUAAUCGUGUAAUUCAAGAGCAACUGAACCAAAAGAUCUAUGAAUGCGAAGCACUGCAAGAAACAGUUGCUUCCCUGAAACAGCACCUCUCUGAGGCAUUGGAACAGAGAAAUUUCAGCCCUGUAGUGAGUCAUCCACAAAAUUCCAUUGAAACAAAAAGCUUGUCUGGAGAAUUUUGUGCAGACAAUGGCAAUUCGGCAACGAAAGAUAAUAACAACAUUUUACUUUUACGAGCAAAGGAAACUGAGAUUGAAGAACUGAAGCAAAAGUUUGCCGAACUAACAUUGACAAAGGAGCAGCUAGAAGUUCGGAACCAGAAACUGGCAGAGGAGAGUUCAUAUGCCAAAGGUUUAGCCUCUGCCGCUGCUGUUGAGCUCAAGGCAUUGUCAGAAGAAGUUGCCAAACUCAUGAACCACAACGAGAAACUAACUGCUGAGCUGGCCGCAUCGAAGAACUCCCCCACCCAGCGUAGAAGUGGCGGUAUGGUCAGGAAUGGCCGAAGAGAUGGUCCAAAUAAACGGAAUGACCAAGGCGGGAAUGUCUCGGAAAUUAAGAGAGAACUGGCCAUGAGUCGUGAGAGAGAGCUUUCAUACGAGGCUGCUCUCGCGGAGAAGGAUCAGAGAGAGGCUGAGCUCCAAAGAAAGGUCGAGGAAACCAAACAAAGAGAAGCUUAUCUUGAAAAUGAGCUUGCUAACAUGUGGGUUCUUGUGGCAAAGUUAAAAAAGGCACAAGGGACUGAAAGCGACGUUUCUGAAUCAACAACAGAGACUAGGAAAUCUGAUGGUUUUGGGUUGUGAUGUGAUAGAAUGUUGAUAAUUUGUGGGGUUUCUUUAGGAUCUAAGAGGAAAGGGCUUUCGAUUGGAUUGGUUUGAGAGAGAGAGGGAAGAAUGGGAGUGCGUGUGUACAAAAUUGUGUUGUUCAUUGCAAAAGGGUUAUCUUGCUUGUGUAUACAAAAGAUGGCUCCUUUUUUUUUUUUUUAAAUAAUUCACGUGUUUUUCUUCUCAUUUGCUUUGUUAGCGUUCUGUCUUUCUCCAAUGCAAACAUUAUCUAUUGACGGAAAUUAACAGGCUUCUUCCA